UAUUAUUACCAGUGAAUAUGACACUUCCCUUCCCUUUCACCCCACCACCACAUUCCUUUUAUAUAUUUUUUUAAUGUUUUAUUUGACUUUUUGCUUUUGGUUGUUGACUGAAUCUGGGUCCUCGUAAAUCUCCUCUAAAUAUGGAGGCAGAGAACCAAGCAACUGUCACCAGAUUUAGAGGAAGAUUUGGAGGUGCCUUUGCCACUGAGGUCUCACAUGGCUCUCACUGUGCAUGCCCAACUUUCUAUCAAUCCCUCUUUUUUAUCCAUCUCUAGGACAAAUACAAAAAACCCAACAAGCCCCAUAUACCAUUUGAACCUUCUAAGAGUAACCCAUUCAAUCACCAUUACUGCAACUCCUUCUUCAAUGUCUUCUAGGGUUUUGUCAGUGAAGUCCUCUCUCAUUGAACCAGAUGGUGGGUCUCUGAUAAAUUUGGUGGUGCCUGACAGUGAGAGGCUUUCAAGGGAGAGAGAGGCUUCAGAACUGCCUCAUGUGAAGCUGACCCAGAUUGAUUUGGAGUGGGUUCAUGUGAUAAGUGAGGGUUGGGCAAGCCCUUUGAAGGGUUUUAUGAGAGAAGAUGAGUAUUUACAGAGCCUGCAUUUUAAUUCUAUGAGGUUGAAAGAUGGGUCAGUUGUGAACAUGUCGUUGCCCAUUGUUUUGGUCAUUGAUGAUGAGCAGAAAGCGAAAAUCGGGGGUUCAUCUGAUGUGGGAUUGAUUGGGCCUAGUGGUGACCCAGUUGGUGUUCUUAAAGGAAUUCAAAUAUACAAGCACAACAAAGAAGAAAGAAUUGCCAGAACUUGGGGAACAACAGCCCCUGGCUUACCAUAUGUGGAGGAGGUAAUCAACCCUGCUGGGAAUUGGCUCAUUGGUGGUGAUCUGGAGGUCUUCAAACCUAUAAAAUACAAUGAUGGUCUUGACCACUACAGGCUUUCGCCCCAACAACUUCGCAAAGAGUUUGAUAAGCGUCAAGCUGAUGCUGUGUUUGCCUUUCAACUUCGCAACCCUGUUCACAAUGGGCAUGCAUUAUUAAUGAAUGAUACGCGUGGGCGCCUUCUUGAAAUGGGUUACAAAAACCCCAUAUUAUUGCUUCAUCCUUUGGGUGGCUACACCAAGGCAGAUGAUGUGCCCCUAGAUGUUCGUAUGGAACAACACAGUAAGGUUCUUGAAGAUGGUGUGCUUGAUCCUGAGACUACAGUUGUGGCUAUUUUCCCAUCACCCAUGCAUUAUGCAGGUCCUACUGAAGUGCAGUGGCAUGCGAAGGCAAGGAUUAAUGCUGGGGCUAACUUUUAUAUCGUUGGUCGUGACCCUGCUGGUAUGAGUCAUCCUACAGAAAAGAGGGACUUGUAUGAUCCUGAUCAUGGGAAAUUGGUUUUGAGCAUGGCUCCGGGCUUGGAGAAACUAAAUAUUCUACCAUUCCGGGUGGCUGCAUAUGACCAAAAAGAAAAGAAGAUGGCUUUCUUUGAUCCUUCACGCCCUCAAGAUUUUCUCUUCAUCUCAGGCACGAAGAUGCGUACAUAUGCACGAAAUGGAGAUAACCCACCUGAUGGCUUUAUGUGUCCUGGUGGAUGGAGAGUUUUGGUUCAGUAUUAUGAGAGUUUGCAGGCAGAGGAAACAAGCAAGCCUCCUACUGUAGUUUCUGUGUAGAGAAUUAGGUGAACUUAUUGCAGUGCAUUUGGGUCUGUCUCUUUUACUUUUUACUGGUCCUUCUGUGUUUUACUUUGCGUUUACAAAUGAAAUUCAAUGUAUGAUUUAUUUGGGCAUUCUCGAAGUUUGGAAAAUAUUAUCUCUUAUUGGGUGUUCUGGCUUUGUAGCUAACUGGAAGAUUAAAGAAACAGCAGGAAGAUAGAAAAUUAAAACAUAAUGAAAGUUUGUUGUAGUGUCUGUGCAUCAAUAUUUGGCAGAAGUUGUUGAAGAAUGGAAUGCUUCCAGUAAAUUGAAGUAAGGAGUGGGAAUUAUGAGACUUGCAGUAUAUAUUACUUCCAAGGAAUGACAGCGGCUUGAUACCCCAGUUUGCUUAUCGUUGGCAAGGACAAAAUGAGUUGAUUUAUCCUUUCUUUUUUUGGUAAAGGAAAAUAGAGAGUAUUUUUUAUCUUUUUAAUCAUCUGAGUACUUAGUUUCUUUUGAGGCUUGUGGUUUAGCAUGUUAUUGUAAUUUAGACUAUUGCGAUCUUGAGCUCAUUCAACUCUCUCAGUUACAGACCUUUUUCUGGUUUUAACAAUCUUAGAUUGGCUU